CUCAACUGUUACUAGGUAGACCUACGUCGCGGAGAUAUUCCCAGCCGUUGACCGUAGAUAAUGCCUUCUACUAAGUAAAGUAGCCCAGCUUUAAAGGUAUGGGAACAGUGUGCUCAACCCCAAGAUCCACCACUGCCAUUGAACCAAUUUGUAACGAAACUCAUUCCAAGGUGCUGCCAGAAAUCAAGGAGAGAGAAAAGAAGUCGAACAGUCAGAGAAACUUCCAUCACCCCACUUCCCCCAUCAAAUUCCAGCAGGAGAGUAUUGAUAUUCCAUCUGGGGAUACACCUCAGAAAACCCAGGAGUUAGCCUGCUCUAAAGAACGUAUCGAAGAGAGAAAUUUGUCAGUGAAGGAGAAGAGUGUUGAGAAGGCAUCUCCACGUCCUGUCAGUGGGUCCAAUUGGGAAGCGCUGAUCAAAGAAGAUUUCUUUAAAGCUGGGGUAGACGAGAUCAUGAGUUCAUCUUCCAAGAAGAAGAAUGAGGGUGCUAAGCGGUUCGCAUCUCCCACUCAUAAUUGGUUCAGGAACCGGAUCAAGAGUACUCCAGGGCGGAUUGAGAGGAGGGAAGAAUUCAAGCAGGCUCACAAAGAGAGCUCCACUACCAAGAAAGGAAAAGAUAUACCAUCGUGCUGA